UCAAUGAAGUAAACAAACUAAUUUUUGAUUUUUCGCAGCGUAAGGUUAGGUAGAUAGAGGUAGCUACCUAUCUGUUGUUGUACGAAUACACCUACCUAUCGCACAUAGUUUCGUUAUUGCUAUAUUUGUUUUUAUAAUUCAAUGUAAAUAACAAUUAUUGUGAUCUACAAUACAAAGGGAAGUAAAUACGUCAUUUAUACUUUAUUAUUUAUUACCCUUGUAACAUAAUGGCGAAAAAUUCGACAAAUGAUUUUUUGGGUAAUUUCGAUCCAGAAACAUCAGUUCGUGAAAGACGAAAAUUAAAUCGUAAAAGUUAUUUCAUUAAUCGUAAAAGCAAAAAUAUUUACAAUGAGAGAGGGCAAAUAGCAGCCACUGGCAAGGAUGUUUGUGAUUGUUUAGAUGAAACAUGCCCGGGCUGUCAUUUCCCUUGCCCUAAGUGCAGCUCUUUAAAAUGUGGCCAUGAGUGCAGGGUUAAUAGAAAAUGGAUGUAUGAUAAAAUUGAAAUAGAAGGCAAUGAUUUUGUGAUAAAAAAUGAAUACAGACAGAAGUGACAAUUAUAAAUACAGGAGAUGAAACAACAAUGUUUUAAUGUUAUAUAAUUUACAGUAAAUAUUAUAUUGUUUAGCAUAAUUACAUAUUUUGAAAUAAUUUUGGAGAAAUAGGUAUUUGGCUUGUGAAUUUCUUAUUGGAAGUAUUGAAACAGUGGCUACCCCAACUAGGUGCCCUAUUCAGCCAUAGAAUUUAGAGGAGUUUUUCUUAAUCUAAGUAAAUACUUAGAUUAAGAAAACUGAUUAGGGUAGGGUAGCUAAUUAAUUAGGGUGUGUACUAUUUGUAAUGUACCUAUUUGAUUUUACUGUUUUUGGAAACCCAUCUAAACUUGAAAAUAUUCUCAGAAAACGAGCAAUAUAUCUGUGGCAUUUGGAUGAAGUUGACAGUACACCUUUUUUACCAGGUAAAAAAUUGACUAGAGUUAAAAAUAACUGAGCUAGAGUUGUACAAUAAAUUAUAUGCAAAAAUGA